AUGGAUUCCCGUUACACUUCCUCACGCUACACUGGGGGUCGCCCGCGAUCGCCCACCUUCAAUCCCGCUAGGGCUUCGCUUCCCACGAGCAUCGGCUACAGCUCCAUGUACGGAGGUGAUAUUCACGUCAUGCCCACGUCUACGUCUACGAGAUAUGCCUCCAAUGGUUCCGCUUCCUCAAGAGGUCAUCAUCACUCUCACUCGACUACUCCGACGACAACGACAACCUAUGCUGUCACCAAAGAUCCUCUGGCUCGUGGGACCAGUCUGAGAGGUGUGAGCCGCAACCAUCGCUCCUCCACUCUCGACUCGACCGCAGCUCGCCCUGUCAUUGUUACUACUACACAAAGGGCGCCGCAGACAAGCUCGUCGCACCACUCCUCCAGCAACAGACACUCCAGCCCGACCCGCGAUGAUUACCGCUCCAGCGAUUCGACAUUCUAUACCCAGCCCGCUUCUUCUAUACGUUCUCGCAGCCACCAUCGCGGCGGCUCUUACAGUGCAACGAUGGACAAUGAAGAGUUUACCCGCCUUCGCGAACGAACCGCCGAUCCUAGACACGAGACAUACCGCCCCUCGAGAUCAUCCACCAUGUACGCCAGUAAUCCUCGUCACAGCAACGCCCCGAUUGACUAUGGCGGUGACGGAUACGAAUACACCACUCCUAGCGACCUUGCUCGCUAUGACCUGGAUCACUCUCGCCCUCCCUCGAGGUCUCGCAGACGAGAGAGCAUCGAUCGUGGCUACUACCGCCCAAGCGUGAACGUGACCACGACAGACCCUGCCAGCCGUCCUUACAACGAGACGGGUCGUUACGAGAAGCGUGGUGGUCCUCCUCCAACGACGUGGGGUCUCGACAAGAUCAAUAGGACCACCUCCAACUCCUAUGACCCAGCUCAAGGCACGAUUCCGCCUGCUGUCCCUGCCGCCCCGGCUCACAUGCAGGUCCCCCCUAGUCCCCAGGAGAGGCGUUCUACGGGUGUUCCUUCGUCCAUGGAUGUGGCAGCUACCUCCCUCGCUGCGGGUACUGUGGCUGGUGCUUCAUCAUCCCGCCGACCCGUGUCUGUGUACCAGGAAGGCGCUGCUCCGCGGUCCAGCCAUCACGAGGACUACUACCGCAGCCGUGAGGACGACCGGCUCCAACGACAAACCAGAGAGGAACGCAAAUACGAGCCUGUCUACGGUAGCGGCGACUACUUCCACGAUGAGGGAGUAGUCACGCGUGGAUUCGGCAUCCGUACGGACUCGGCUCCGGUGGGCGGUGAUUUUGAUGACCGAAGAGACCCACGCAGAGAGAUUCGGAGUGAGUCCCGAAACGGAUAUCGAUCUGAGUCCCGCACCGGAUACCGGCCUGAGUCUCGCAGCGGACACCGCCCAGAGUCCCGGAGCGGCCACAGAACUUCUCCGGACGCAAAGAGAGGCUCCGAUGAUGAGAAGGAUCGCUCUAAGCGUGAAUCAGCACGACUGGAGCCCGAGAAAGACAGGCACACGAGACGAACCAGCACUGCCAAUGACGAUGAUGCUGAGCGUAAAAGAUUCCGCGACAAGGUCACCGCUGGGCUUGGACUUGCUGCUACAGCAAUUGGCCUUGGACAAGCAGUGAAUAAGGACGAUAAACCAGAAAAGCCCGAAAAGGACCCGAGGCGUCGCAGCGAAGAGGAUGACCUGGGGGGCCGCGCUGCCGAGAGAUACAAGCCUCGCGACGAGUCUCGAGACCCAAGGGAUCGCGCACCUGUAAUCGUCGAGACUCGCCGAACAUCGGCUGAUGCUGACCCAGAAUUCCGUGAGAGAGACCGUGACCGGAACCGGCGGGAUGCCGAGGCCAAACUCACCGGCGAUGCCCCACCGCGAGACGGGUCUCCUGAUGAUGAUGUCAAGAAGUUGAAGCGACCUGUUCGUCAGUCUAUCGGCUUCAACCCUACCGACGCGAAUGACAUUCGUGAGCUGAAGGAACAACUCGCAGCCAUGAAGGAUGACAAGCCAAAAGAGAAGGUUCCCGUUCUAGUUGAGAGGACGGACCGGUCAGAACGUACAGAACGUUCGGAUCGAUAUGAAGAGAGAUAUGAUAGGGCUGAUCAACAGACCUAUGCUGAUCUCCCGAUAAGAGAGUCAAAAGAUCGCACGCCCUCACCCAAGAAAGACUCGCUACCAAAGAGGGAAUCGCCUGUGUCUGUGCCUACAAGCGAGACAGCCAUCGUAUCAACCAGAGACGAAUCUCGGGGCCGUGACUCCGCGUCACCUCGUGCUGAGGAGAAGCAGGUACGCGUAGUUUCGCCGCCUCGUGACAAGUCCGACACCAAGCCUCUUAAGGGCAUCCUCAAAGCACCUAGCAAGUUCCCGGAGGAAGACAACCCGAUUCGUGAAGGUGUUGCUCCCCAUAAGGAUGAUAAGAAAUUGAAAGAAGUUCCCCCCGGGGCCCGAUGGACCAAGAUCAGCCGGAAGAUCGUCAACCCCGAGGCUUUGACUGUGGGCAAAGAACGGUUCGAAGUCCGCGACGACUUCGUAAUUGUGCUUCGAGUUCUCAGCAAAGAAGAAAUCCAAGCCUACGCUGCUGCUACGCAGGUCUUGAGAGAGAGGAGACGUGAAGAGGCCGGCAAAGACCGUGACCGCGACCGUGAUCGUGACCGCGAUCGUGACCGUGAACGGGACCGGGAACGGGACCGCGACUAUGACAGAGGACGUGAUCGGGACGCCGACGAGGAUGACAGGCGAAGGCACUACCGCCACCACCGGAGAGACGAUGGGGAGGACGACCGAUACGACGAGGAGCGCGACCGGGAGCGCUACCGCAGACAUCGACGGGAUGACGAUGGCGAUGACUACCACCACCACCGUCACCACAGAGACCGUGAACGCGAUCGGGACCAGUUGGCCAUUGAAGGAUAA